ACGCUUUGCGUCCACUAAGCUGAAGUGACCGAAUGAAAAAAAAUAAAGAGGCUGCAACCAUAAUAGGACAUUGACGCCUCGCCUCGCCUCGCGGGAUGCGGUGACGAUGCACAAGAGUCACGGAUAUCUGCACGUAGAAGCGGGGGGGCGUGGCUACGUCACGGCAUCCCAGCAUGCCAGUGUUUCAUAGGUUGAUGGAGUAGACGAAAAGAAAUAAUAAAAACAUCUGCGUGCGCCUACGUGCGGUUCACCUCGGAGCUCCUAUACGAGACGAAUACCAAGCUUAAAGGAGGGAGGUAGCGGCUGUUAAACAGCAGAUAAACGACUCCUACAGCUCCUCGAGGGUUCUCGUUGUCCGGGCCGGUACACACGACAGCUCACAGCGCCGGCGGGCGAGGUCUGCACAGCUUUCCCCCCCCCCACCUGAAGAUCUCCUCCUCUCUGCAUCCUUCACUUGGAGAAAAAGAAAUUUCAUCCAGCUAGACAUCAGAAGAUGGAAGGCCAGCAAAAGCAGGUGACAGGUUAUCUCCUGUUCUCUCUCGGCACCGCCGUCAUCGGCUCGUUGCAGUUUGGUUACAACACGGGAGUCAUCAACGCGCCCGAGCAGAAACUGCGGUCUUUCUUCAACGAUACCUGGGUUGAGCGGUAUGGCAAGCCCAUCAGCCCGGGGGUGUGCACCAUCGUCUGGAGCAUCGCCGUCGCCAUCUUCAGUGUCGGCGGCAUGGUGGGCUCCUUCAGCGUGGGCGUCAUGGCCAACCGCUUCGGCAGGCGCCGCUCCAUGUUCCUGGUGAACUCUCUGGCUGUGAUUGGCGGCCUCCUCAUGGGCUUCUCCACCAUCUGCUCCUCCUAUGAGAUGGUGAUCGCCGGGCGCCUGGUCAUCGGCCUGUUCUGCGGCCUCUUUACCGGCCUGACCCCCAUGUAUGUGGGCGAGGUGUCACCCACCCCCCUCCGAGGCGCCUUCGGCACUCUCCACCAGCUCGGUGUGGUGGUGGGCAUCCUGAUCGCUCAGAUCUUUGGUCUGGAGGCUCUGCUGGGCUCAGCCAAGAUGUGGCCCCUGCUGCUGGCUCUCACCGUGGCCCCUGCUGUGCUUCAGUGCAUCCUGCUUCCCUUCUGUCCCGAGAGCCCUCGCUUCCUGCUCAUCAACCUGAAAAAGGAGGAGCAGGCACGCAAAGUGCUGGUGCGUCUGCGUGGCAGUGAGGAUGUGAGUAAGGACAUGCAGGAGAUGAAGGAGGAGAGCGCCAAGAUGGCCAUGGAGAAGAAGGUGACCAUCCCCGAGCUUUUCCGCGUUGCGGCGUACCGUCAGCCCCUCCUCAUCGCCGUCAUGCUGCAGCUCUCCCAGCAGCUGUCAGGGAUCAACGCUGUGAGUCUGCCACAGGCAGCCUGGACACACACGUGUGGCGACUCACAGCCUCCUGUGUCUGUCUUCCAGCUCUUCCUGGUGGAGAAGGCGGGACGGAGGACUCUGCACCUCCUGGGAUUGGGUGGAAUGGCGAUCAGCGCCGUGCUCAUGACCAUCUCCCUCCUGCUGAAGGACAUUCCCGUUAUGAGCUACAUGGCCAUAGUCGCCGUCAUGCUGUUUGUGGCUAUGUUCGAGAUGGGCCCCGGUCCAAUCCCAUGGUUCAUAGUGGCCGAGCUGUUCUCCCAGGGGCCCCGCCCCGCCGCCAUGGCGGUGGCCGGCUGCUGCAACUGGACGGCCAACUUCCUGGUUGGAAUGAGCUUCCCCAAACUAGUGGAGUGGUGCGGGCCUUGGGUCUUCCUCAUCUUCACCGCCUUCCUCAUCUUCUUUUUCAUCUUCACCUUCAUCAAAGUCCCAGAGACGAGGGGCAAGACCUUCGACGAGAUCGCCCGCAGCUUCGGCGGCGUCCCGCCUCUAACCUCCUCGUCUGUGGAGGACCCCCCCGCCAGUGCCAGCACCGCCACCACGCUGCCCGCCACGCCGGUGAAGGAGAAGGUCCCGCUGGUGGCGGCGCCGGCUGCAGCUCCGCCUCCUGCAGCUGAAAACACGCCCCUGGAGGAGAAAUCCAAUUCCACAGCGCAGGAGAGUUUGUAGAGCCGCUGUAGAUAGAGUUUAAUGGCUGAAGGGGGUUAUAAAUGAAGGAAUAACCACUGAGAUUACAAAGAUUUGCUGUAAAUUGUCAGUUUUGCCACCUUGGAACCAUAGAAGCAAAAUCAUUUUUAAAACAGACCUACAGAGAAAAACAGCGUUAUCAACUUCAAACUAUCAAAAACGAUCCAGUUUUCUGAUUUUACGGUAACUCCUUCAACCUUUUUAUUUUUCUGUGACAUUUCCUCCACUUCCUUCUUUUAAAUCAUCCCUCCCUUAACUGUGAAAGAGAAGCAGUCGCUGCACAAUACCACAGAUAAUAUCUACUGUACGUUCCUAGGAAUUAAGCUACAUUCAUUGAAAGGGUGAGUUGUGUGUGUAGUCAGGAAGACAAUUUUCUUCUAAAACACGGCAAACGCAGCUUGUGUCAAUUGAAAUUGUUACUAACAGGAGACUAUAGAUAUAGGUAGACUAGAGGCACACGCCUUUGUGCAGGUGUUUCCAGACGGCUCCAUUCACUUCUGAGUUCAGGUCCAUGAAGUGUGAGUUAGACAUGUAGAGCAAUGAUGCACGUUUUCUUCCUCAUUCCUUUUUUUAAGUUUAGACAGGUGUUACAGUGGAUAAUUUAGUGCAAUACACCUUUGUACUUCCACCCUGUAGUUUCCUUUGGUUUGUUUUAUCUGUUAGAUCUUGUUGAUGUUUCCGGAAGUGUUCUCAAAUCAUAGGUCUACGUUCUCGCUGUUGACUACCAGCUGACAGACUGGAGAGCUUUUUAGCAAACGCCAAAGUACUGAACUUUAAUCGCCACCUGGUCCGCACGUGUAAUCUCAAACGUGUUUUCUUCUGGUUGUUAAAGUCAGGAUGGGAAAUUAGCCACAGGUCUCCAUUUCAUUCAUUCUGAAUGCUUAAUCGGUGGUCAAAGCUUUCUGUAGUUUAGGCGACCCGUGCUCUUGUUUAGAGGUCUUGUCUUGCUCGUUCUUAGAUUUUAGGUAAACCAAUUUGGCGCUCAGUUCUACAUUUAUGUCACCAAAAAAAACACAUUUAGUAUUAAAAAAACUUGUCAUUGGCUCAAAUUAUAUUCUGAUUAAUGAAUAGGAAAAAAUAUAGUGGGAAAAGAUGUUAAUUUAUUGUUAAACUGUGUGCAUUAGUGCUUUACUGUAUUGGAAAAUGAUUACAAUCUGGUUUAAUCAUGACUGUUGCUAAUGACUGUGACCUGUGGACAAUUACAUGUUAAAUGAAUUGUUAUACACAUGUAGAUUACAGUAGGGUAAUGUGCAAUGUAUAAUUUAUUUUAUCAAGAAAACAAUUAGUAUGUAUCACCAUAGAAAUAGAUUUUUGUAUAAAGAAUAUAGUUAUAAUACACUAAAGCAAAUUUAGAAACGUACUGCUUUCCUCCAGAAUAGACCCAAGAAAUGAAAUGAAAGCAGAAUGAGUGUGUUGUGAUCUUUACCUGCUCUGGUAGAGUCCAACACUAUAAACUUCAUUUGUUACUCGCUAUUUAGAUGCACUUUACUAACCUGAUAAGCAGCAAAGCGAGCAUUAACGCCACAAUCCCUAAUGUAGAAGAUAUUGAGCCUAUAACGGCGCUUUAUGUCAAAAUAACAGAAUAAUAGUUUUCAACUAUAUUUACCUGAGCGACUGCAUAUAUCUGGCCGAGCUGUUAUUGGAAUAGAUAGUAGUCCUAAUGAAAUCUGCAUUCUGCAAUCUAAACAAUGUCUGAGCUGAUAAUGAAACAGGAAACUAAAGAGGAAGUGCUUGCAUGGUCAAAGGACUGGUAAACAACACUUUAGUGGAAGACUAUGGUUCCUGUUGAUGGAUUUGAAUGACUAAUCGUAUUGAUUCAUUAAUUUUUUUCUUCAUAAUUUCCCAUUUUCACAAAGGGGGAAAUGAGGACUACGACUAUCUUAUUGUGUUGACCUCUAUGACAAUCUGAGAAAAUUAAGUGUUUUUUUCAAAUCAAAGCAAAGAGUGUCAUUCCACAAUGAGAUAGCCACCAUUUUGAAAACCAGAAUAUUAUGACCAUCGGGGCAUUUAUAGCACCUUGAAUUUAACAGAUUGACGUUUUAGUUUUUCAGACAGUAUUCAAAAGCAGAGCUUCCCUGGAUGCAGGAAGAAUUAUCAUUUUUUAAGUAAUUUAAAAGGCCAAAACUAUAAGAGAGACACCAAUAUAAUGAAGUGUGCCGUUCCUCCUGCCAACUGAAUGCUAAGUUGUGAGUUAGCCGAUUUGUAGACCUUCACCUGUACAGGCUCCAGGUGAUUUAAGGGGGGAGAUGCUAAAUGACCAUAGUGCAUCCCCUUUGUUAACCUGCCAAACCCCCUCUCCAUGUCCUAGUAACAGAGAGAGUGGCGAGGCAGAGGGGUUGUUGAAUUGAAUGUGUUAGUCUAGUCUGCCUGACUCGUUGGUCCUUUAACUGACGGAGGUGAGUGUAAGUUAGAAUCCACGGCCCCGACCACGCCUCUGAAACCUCAGCAGUUUGGGUCGAUCCACGGCCCUGUCCGUGGUGCUGAAGUAGCAGGCCGAUUUUCUAAGUCCCUUCUGUCAAUUUUGACUUGGAUUUGUAUUAUUCUUUAAACUAAUUUUUAAUCUUUAAAAAAAAUACAAAACCAAAAGAGUUGUUAGUCCGUCCCCCCUGUCAAAGGUUAACAAAUUGUCAAGGGACAUCCUGUGUGGUCUUGAAUUUAAAAAAACAAACAAACAGAUUUUUUAUUAUUUAUUUAACAGAACCUUUUUUGUCUCUAAACUUUUGUUCAUUGGACGUAAUCUAUCGUGCUCCAAAUGCAGUAGUAGUCUCAUGUACUCAAUCAUUCACUUUGGUGUUUCACCAUGGUGAUAUUCAGAGAACAGAGGUUACAGGAAACGUAAUCCCACGCUCUGAAGUUGCACCCUCUGGUCUUUAACUCUAACAAAUAAGAUUCUGCCUCCAGGGCAAACUGCA